GCAGCCGUGGUGGCCGUCAAUCGAAUCUUUUCCAAGUCUUGUCGUGAAUGACAGUAACAACAACAAUAGUUCCUCGAAAGUAAAAAGGGAACAACAGACGACAACAACAGUACGGAAGAUGAGAUUCGGAAGCUACCGCCUCUGACUCCGGAGCAAUUGGAUCCCUUGUACGUGACAAUGGACGACUUUUUAGAAGCCGUUCCACGAGUACAACCGUCUGGAAAGAGAGAAGGAUUUGCUGUCGUGCCCGAUAUCACCUGGGACGAUAUUGGAGCCAUGGACGAAAUUCGACAAGAAAUCACCAUGAGUGUCCUCGAACCCAUUCGGAAUCCCGAAAAAUUCAAAAUGCUCGGCCUCUCCUUGCCAGCUGGAGUUCUCUUGUACGGACCCCCGGGUUGUGGAAAAACGCUGCUGGCCAAGGCUGUUGCCAACGAAAGUGGAGCGAACUUUAUCAGCGUCAAAGGACCCGAAUUGCUGGACAAAUAUGUGGGUGAAAGUGAACGCGCCGUGAGGCUCGUCUUUGAACGUGCCAGAAGUUCUAGUCCAUGCAUUGUCUUUUUUGAUGAGUUGGAUUCGCUCUGUCCCAAGCGCGGAAGUUCCGGAGAAGGAGGUAGUGGUGUUAGUGAACGUGUCGUUAAUCAGCUGCUUACGGAAAUGGAUGGUCUAGAAAGCAGGCGCAGUGUGUUUGUGAUUGCUGCCACAAACAGACCAGAACUGAUUGACCCUGCGAUGAUGAGGCCUGGACGACUCGACAAACUGCUCUACGUUCCCUUGCCAUCCGUUGAUGAUAGGGUUUCUAUAUUGACGGCUCUCUCCGCAAAGGUCAAAUUUGGUCCAGAUGUUGUGCUGGAUACCAUUGGACGAAGCGAAAAGGCAAAUGGCUACAGUGGAGCCGACUGUGCGGCCCUGCUGCGCGAGGCUGGUUUGGCCGUGCUGAAAGAAGAUUUGGAAAGGAAGGAAAAGCGAGAGGGCGUGGAUCUUUGCAUCGAGGCGCGGCACUUCGAUUACGCAUUUGACCAUGUCAUGCCUUCGGUAUCUAAGAAAGACCAAGCCCGUUACGACCGAAUACGACAUCGCAUGGCCCGAGCACGAACUCGAGGAACGGCCUCUGAUCUUAGCGAAGGAACGGAGCAAACUGGACCGACAAUCAGCACCUAGUAGUCUACAGUACCCUCCUCCUGUGCCCUGGUAGCCACCAUCAAGCAUCCGAUCCCUAGGCUUCAAGUUCGUGGAGGGAAUGGGGACGAGGAAUGGGCUGCUGAACACGGUGUACCAGCUUUUGGAUUCCGUGUAUCGAAUCUGUCGGUCCCGUGCACCCCUCUUGCUGCCAGUGGGCGCUUCAGGCAGCAGACAGCCGCUGGCUAAAAGGAACCGCCCCCUUGGGUUUGGAAAUGGAAACGGAUGUACAUUUUGUAGUUCUUGUCGAUUACAGUAAAUAGUAUUACGAUUUACCAGGUC